UAUUGCACUUAAAUGUCAAUUGCGAUGACACUGGGUUCAUUGUAAUUACUGGUGUAAAGUUAGCUCUUGGAUUGUAGAACAAACUGCCUUUAACAGAUAAAAGCUUCACAAAACCGAAAAAUGCUUGUACGACAACACUCCGAAUAACAUCUUUGUAAACUUCACUUCUAUAAUUUCUAACGAAGCACCCAGUUUCCGAAAGUUUUGGUGAUCACUCUGUGUUUGAACGCCCGGUAUAAAAAGGCGCCUCGUUACGAAAGUGUUGUGCCGAAAGUAUUUCUGUUGGGCCUAGAGGAGUUGAAAAUAGAAGUUAAAGGUGAUGGAGGUGAUGGAGCCAUGAUAAGCGCCUAUUAGCAAGUUUUGUUUCGUAUGGUAAAUUUAAAACGAACAUUGGAACUGCAAGGUCAUGCAGGUUUAGCUUAUCAGCUUGUUAAUUGAUUACCGAUUUUGGAAUUUUUAAUACGGCCAAUUACGUGAGUGAAAUUAACAGUAGUUAAAUAAAGGUGUUGCAGUAAACGUCAUUCGAUUGGGGCGUCCUUAGUGUCAAAUUAAGCGCGCACACUUAAGAAGAAUUAUGAGCCCCGUCUUCGGGCGUUGAAGUAAAGAUUUUCGAGCUCUAUCGCAAGGCAAGCCGUCAAACUGAGGAAAACCGUCGAUCACGGCAUGGCACAAUCGAUAUAUUUAUAUAAGAUAGAGAUACCGGAUAAUAUGGGAUCUUAUUUGGAAGAGCAAGGGAAACGCUUUCUUCAUCAAGACAUAAUGGAACUUGGACACGUUACCAAGGCCAGUACGAUGAAAGCAUGAUGGGAGAUCAUAUUUUGGGGUUGAUAAGAGAAACUUCCGUUGAACAUGACAAGAAAAGCAAAACUGUCGAUUUUUAAACAUUUGGACAAACAAAAUAUAAAAUAAUGUAGGAUCGUUAUCUUUUGCUAUGUAAGUACCUCGGUAAGUACAUAUUUUAGGUUUAUUUAUUUGGUUUUUUCAUUUUUUCACACAAAAUCAGUUUGUGGCUAUACAAGCAAUAAAAAUAAGGUAUGUACGACUAUACAUCUCAUGUGUAAAAAUGCUGUACCGGUGUUAUCUUUGUUUGCGCCCGUCCACCACACGUGCCAUACUGCCAUAGAUUAUUUUUAUUCAUAGGUAAUGCAAGAAAGUGAAAUUGAACCGAAGGAAAGUUACCGCAUUAUAAAGUUCAUAGGUUUAAAAAGUGGUAAAGAUGAUGAGAAUGAUUGGGAAGUGUACAUUAAACCUUAUCAUUUAAUAGGAUUUUCCGUUACCUUGAAUGAAGAUCAACCUGUCCUGUCCCCACCGCAUUUCUUCUUAUGACUAUAAUUAUUUAUAAUCAAAAGGGUUAAAAUAAUAAAAUAAUCUAAACCUUUCUAUAUUCAAAGAUGUCAAGGUAAAAAAAACACACCAAGCGACAGGUGUCCUCAAAUAAAGAAAAUUGUAUAUAUCAAACAUGAGAGGAAUAGGCAGAUCGUAUUAUCAUUGACUGAGAAUGGCAAUGAUAUAACAGAGCCGAUAAGCUUUAUUACACGUUCUUUGGGAUAGGUAUCUUGUGAAAAUCUAAAUCUAUUGUUUCAUAGGUGACCCUACGGUCGAUGGUUAAACUUCUAAAUAUUUAUCCUUAUAACGAGACAGUAAUUCUGAUGGUUAGUUAAUAAUUAUUGUACUUGGGAAGAAGCUUAUCACAUUCUUAAGCAAACAGUGUUUCCUCAUUUAUUUAGAAUUUUUCAUUUUGUAUUUGCAAAGUGACGUAUAUAUGACGUAGUAAAUUAGCAUAAUACGUACAAAUGUAACAAACAAUACCUAUGUCGCGAAAAAAUCUUAUAUAAAAGGGUUUGAUAAGUCGUUGAGACGAUAUAUUUUUACGAAUUUCUAGAUACAUCAACACCUAUCCGCCUUUUGGUAACCUUUUUUAACCAACUCACCCAAACUGAAAGAAUGCAGCUAAUUAGUAUUGCCUUGUUAAUAGUGCAUGCUGUUUUGGUACAAUGCGUUUUUCAUAUCGAAAUGCGAAGUUGCAGCGAAACAAGUAGUAAAUACAUACGGAACCAAUAUAUCAGUGAAGUUUAUUCAGAAAUCGAAGAUAUUAGUGACUUAUGGAAGCCACUACUUUCCUGCGCUGUGGAGGUAAAAAGUACAUUAACACUUUUAAGGGCUAACAUUGAGAGUGCUAUAUCCGUUAAUAAUCACCAAAAAAAUCAAUGCUUAAACUAUUUGGUUGCCCAAUCUGUCAAUAUCGAAAAAAAAUACAUGGGUUUUUUAAAUGGAAAGUGUCAUUGGACUGUUGGAGGAACCACCAAAGAUCCUAUUAGACACAUUCGUGAAACCACAUUAAACCUUGAAAGAUGCACACGACAUCCAGGAGAAUGCACUUCAAUUAUAAAAUGUUGUAAGCGUGUAGUGGAUGACGCUAACAUUAAAGAUGAAGUCAAAAUUGUAACAGCUCAAUAUCAAAGAUGUUAUAGACGUGAAUGUAAGCGAAUUAAGAGCGUGAUUGCUUACAUGUGGGUUGGAAUGGCAAUUUACUGCAAGCUGCAGAAUCCUUCUGUAUCAACUGGGUCUCCCAUUGGAGUAACGGAAACAACUCCACCCCUAAAUACACAUCCUUUCUUCAUAUCGACUACAAUACCGACAACUGAACCGCUACCUACUGAUUCAACGACGGAAAACCCUUCGAUAUCAACUGAAACACACCAAACUGUGUCUACCACUGAACUAACGGAAACAACUCCACCCCUAAAUACACAUCCUUUCUUCAUAUCGACUACAAUACCGACAACUGAACCGCUACCUACUGAUUCAACGACGGAAAACCCUUCGAUAUCAACUGAAACACACCAAACUGUGUCUACCACUGAACUAACGGAAACAACUCCACCCCUAAAUACACAUCCUUUCUUCAUAUCGACUACAAUACCGACAACUGAACCGCUACCUACUGAUUCAACGACGGAAAACCCUUCGAUAUCAACUGAAACACACCAAACUGUGUCUACCACUGAACUAACGGAAACAACUCCACCCCUAAAUACACAUCCUUUCUUCAUAUCGACUACAAUACCGACAACUGAACCGCUACCUACUGAUUCAACGACGGAAAACCCUUCGAUAUCAACUGAAACACACCAAACUGUGUCUACCACUGAACUAACGGAAACAACUCCACCCCUAAAUACACACCCUUUCUUCAUAUCAACUAUAAGUUUUACAAUACCGACAACUAAACCGCUACCUACUGAUUCAACGACGGAAAACCCUUCGGUAUCAACUGAAACGCACCAAACUGGGUCUACCACUGGACUAACGGAAACAACUCCAUCCCUAAAUACACACCAUUUCUUCAUAUCAACUAUAAGUUCUACAAUACCGACAACUGAAUCGCUACCUACUGAUUCAACGACGGAAAGCCCUUCUGUAACAGAAACCCACCAAACUGAAGAUGGUAUUACGAUAUCUCAAACUAAAACAUCAGCUCAAGGGCCAUAAACUCGCACCACCACCUUCUGAGGCUGCCCAUUGAAGCCUUCGGAUUGAAUGAAACAGUUCAGCGACAAAAUGGAAUUUCCACGACACCAAUCGGUUAAUUUAUUAUAUUAUUUAUACAUUAUCUAUUAAAGUAGAAUUUAUAAUUUACACCUAUCAAUUUCCUUGCCGAUUUUAAGUAUUUAAAUUGCAACAAUAAUCGCGGGCAAUGUACUUGUAUAAAAGUAAGGUCUACAUUUGUCUAUUUUGAAAAAGUUUGCUUUCAAGUAGCUUAUGGCUGGUUUACCACUGUUAAUGUUUCAUAAUUUUUUCGUAAAUUGAAUUCUAAAAAGACAGGUUGAUUCGGUUCUAAUUCCAAGAUAAUAACACCAUAGCAUAUAGUGACCAGUUGGUAUUUGGGAACAAUUCUUCAGCCCCAUUCCGAUUUCUAGAGUCAAGAUUUAUCGAUAGCGAAUCGGAAGGUGAAAACGUCGUUGAUUAUCUGGAGAAGCCACAAAAGAAUCAGCUACUGACUUGAUUCUUGAUGCUUUGUUUUGUUUGUUGGUUUGUUGUACUAAAACCUAACCAAAAAACAGUUUUAUGUUAGUUUUUAGAACCAGUUCGCCCAACCCGGAGGCGAAAAUAGUAAAAGAAUUUCUAGAACCCAUUUACUGCGAUCAUUUCAAGUGGAAAAAGGCCGUCUCUAUAAAAUCUUUAAAGGCAUGAAACCUCGAUGCCUGAGCUCUUUUAAUAGUGCUAGCAUCCUUCGUGCCAUAGUGUGUACUAUUAUUUUGGAACGUGAUUUUUAAAAGCGACAUUUUUACGCCAUCAAUGUAUUUCCUCUGUAAAUCCAUUUAGUUCCGACGUGAUAAAAGAAAAACAUAGUCCAUGGCUACCUAGACUAAAAACUCGUGAAAACAGAAUAAUUAAUUUUUUCGCGUACAAGAAAAGAUAGAAUAAUCGUUAUAACCUUUAUUUGAAGUAUUGUUGCGUAAAAUAAUUAGGAAUCGUUUGCGCAAAGAAAAAGUAAUUUCCCAUGUUAAACGCCUAUGUUCCACUUUUCGAUUUACACCCUGUACAUUGCCUUUUAGUCGUUACGAAGAUUUCACCUUACCAAAAACGAGAACCGACUUUAUCUACAUUACCUACGUUAUUUUUGUCACUCCGAGGGUUCAUUCGUGCUAGUUUAUUUUUAUUAAUGCAUUGUAAAGUAGUUUUCUUGAAAUACGCCACGUUCAUGCUUUUAUAGAUAUCACCAAUUUGUACGGAAGAUUCGUUGUCGAUCAAAAUUUUGCUUUUGUUUAGUUAACCUAAAUUGAAUUAUUGGUUCUUAUUAAGUGUUAAUUACGUUUUUAGUAUACCAGUUACCUGAUUAGUGUCAAACGUUAGACAUUGUUAUCGCCAUAUUUAUGUGCUGUGCUAUUCACUAUCUCUCUUGUUUGUUUGUUGUUAUCUGUUACAGGUAAGGCAGAAAAGCGCCUUUCUGAAUUCAGACAGCCGUUACGACCAGAGUUCAAAGGUAACAUUUUCGACUAAUCCUUGAUAUAACGUUUGAUUACAUACUGGUUUUCGAUACAAUCGAUUUGUAAUUACUAUAUUUGUUUGAAUCGUCAUUUAACAAUUGCAGCUCCGUUGUUUUCUAUAGAAGCCUGUUUUGAUAUCGAUAAGUUCCGAAACUGCAAGUUGAUUUCGUUUUUGAAAAUUAAAUUACCUACUUCUAAACGUUAGAUCUACAUAUUGCAUAUUUGUAAUAUUUUGAGAUCAUUUAUUAAAUUACCCUCGACUGUGGUAACAAUUCUUGUUUAUGUUCUACCCUUUCAAUUAUUUUAUUUCUGUAGCUUAUCAAGAACAGAACCGGAUCUCAUUGUCUGCCUUUCGGCAAGAAUUCUCUUUUCGCUUUUGAAAUUUACUAAAGAUUAAGUGGCGCCUAUACGGCUUACUAUAUUUUUCUUCGUUUUGGCUAGUGUGCGAGAAACACAUUAUUCACCCCGACCCACACGCUACACUGAUGUGUCAAACUGUGAACUCGAGUUGAAAAACUCCACUUUCUUCUCUAGUUGUACAAAUAACUAUUGCUUUACAGGAUUGUUCGCCUCAAACCCUAUUUACUGAUACUUAAUUUUAUUGGAGCAAAGGAGUACCUUAAAGAAAAUAAGAACCGUUUCAUAAUUCAAUGGAGAUUAUUGACUUUUCAUUUAUUCUUUUUCCUUAUGAGGCCAGAAGAGGAUCACUAACUGACAGCUAGAUAUAGCACAUUUAUUUUUAUAUAAUUACAUAACAAAAACCACCCCCAUUUUG